GUGUGAUGUGUUUGUGUAUCCUCAGUGUUUUUCUCUCUUGAGUGUAAACAAAGUCUUGUCUCUGUGUAUUUUAGUGUUGAUGAUGGAUGUGAUGUGCUGUAAAUCAGUAGGAACUGAUCUGUCCAUGCUGGAUAUUGAUGAUUUCAUCACAGAAAUCUCUCAGCUGAAGAAAGAGGUGGCGUUACUGGAGACAAAGCUGAGGUUAAGAGGAGAUGAAGGACUGAAGAGAGAGGAUGUGGAUGUGGUUUGUUGUGAGUCUUCCACACAGGACUCCGAGCUCAGUCUGACUUUACUCUGUUAUACUGAGUCAAAGCCCACAGACGCUCAGGACACUACAGUGUGUGACAGUAAUCAGGGCUUACAGGAUGAGGAAUCUACUGAUCAAACCUCCACAGAGUCUCUGGAUUCUGUCUGGAACGCUGGAGAACAGCAGCAGAUCCUGCAGACCAAACUCAAGAUGUGUUCAGUCAAACUCAUCGACUGCAAGAACCUCGUGAUGGAGACAAGAAGAGAAACCACAGCAGAGGAAGAUCACAUUGAGGAAGAUGAAGACAAUCAUCAUGAUGAUGAUGAUGAUGAUGAUUUUAUUCCUUCAGAUGAGAAAAGUGAUUCAUGUUCGGAUGGAGAGGCAUCCUCAACAUCAAAAAAGCAGCAGACAGCACAAACGCUUUCCUGCAUCACUGGUGGAAAGACGUUAAGCUCACAGAAACAUUUAGAGAAACUCUUCACCUGCACCAAAUGUAAGAUCAGCUUUACAACCAUAGAAGAGCGGAAACGUCAUUAUUCAAAAGUACACGUUGUAAAGAAGCAGUUUCACUGCGAGCAGUGUGGAAAGGUUUUUUUUACAACAACUGGUUCUAUAAACCUCCAUAUGAGGACACACAGUGGUGAAAAGCGUUUCCACUGCACCGUAUGUGACAAAUAUUUAAGCACCAAAAAAAAUCUUGAGGUUCAUAAGAGAAUUCACACAGGAGAAAAACCAUACAAGUGUUCUCACUGUGAGAAGAGAUUUACAGUCUUAUCAGGUUGGAAGAGGCACUUGCUUGUGCACAGUAAUGAGAAACGGUUUCAGUGCAGUGAAUGUGGAAUAACUUUCAAGCAACUAUUUGGUCUCAUAUCACACCAGAGAAUACACAGUGAAGAGAAACUCUAUCAAUGUUCAUACUGUGAUAAACCUUUCCGGCAGAAAGCUCAUCUGAUACGCCACGAGAGAGUUCACACUGGAGAGAAACCUUUUGUCUGCUCUCAUUGUGGAAAGGGCUUCUCUGAUCCAUCUCAUUUCAGAGUUCAUAAGAGAGUUCACACUGGAGAGAAACCUCAUCACUGUAAUGUCUGUGGGAAGAGUUUUAGGCAACUGGCUACCUUUCUAAAGCACCAGACAAUUCAUACAGGUGAAAGACUUUACAAAUGCUCUCAGUGUGAGAAGUCAUUUGCUCGAUCAGAUGUCCUAAAGACCCAUCAGAGAGUUCACACUGGAGAGAAACCUUACGUCUGCUCGAUCUGUGGAGAGAGAUUCGCUUAUUUAGGAAGUUUUCAGAGUCACCAGAAAAAACAUGCUGAAGAACAAACUACACCGAAAUCAUCAUAGCACCUUAAUGUGUGAAAGUCUGUCAAAUCCUGAGCGUUUUGUGCCAGUAGAGGCAUUUGUGUUUUUUUGCUGAUAUCUUCUUUUACUUCUUUGUUACUCAAGCGGUAGAGCAUUGCGUUAGCAGGGCAAAGGUUUUGAGUUUGGUUUCCCUGUGAACACACAUACUGGUGUUGACCUUGAACGCAAUAUAAUUCACCUUGGAUAAAAGCAUCUGCCAGUGCAUGAAUGAAAUAAAGAUGAAAUAUUUCAAUCAACUAGUCUAUUCGAUGACAAAAGGCUUACACAGUAAUUCCGAUUAUAAUAAAAAAUAUUUUGUUUCAUUAAUUGUGUAUGUUCACGAAUAUGGUUUUGCAAUUUCUAGGCAAAGGGUGACUGCACUUUAGAUGCUAAAAUAUAACAGUUUUGAUUUAUAUCAGAUGCUUUUACUUACCAACAUCCCCACAGUAACAUUUGUGUUAUACCUAGUUUGUAUGAUUUAUUUUUAAAUCAUUCUGGUGACUACAAGGAGCGGAGCACCCCACAGUUUACAAAACGCACAGGGUUUAAUACAUCCUUGUUUUUCAAACACCUUUCUUACAAUUGAUUUGAAACAGAUAGCCUAUAGAGCCAGUCACAAACACCCAAAAUGUAUAAACUCAUACUAAGGUCAACAUAUCAAGGAAGCACAACCAUCGAUGCACGGUACCAUUGAAAAACCAGUAAAACCUUUCAAAACCUCUGCAAGACGGCAACAGUUAAAGGUGUCAUAUUAUGAGAUAUUUUUAAGAUGUAAAAUAAAUCUUUGGUGUUCCCAGAGUGCGUAUGUGAAGUUUUAGCUCAAAAUACCCCACUGAUAAUUUAUUAAAAUCGCAAGGCCUGAGCGAAAGUGUGCCGUUUUGGGGUGUGUCCUUUAAAAUGCAAAUGAGCCGAUGAAAUGCAAACACUGACCACAAUGAUGGUGGUUUGUUGUAAUUCAAACUCAAUUGUGCUGUCAAGUCCUUCUUUUCUCCCUCUUUCUCUCUGCACUAAAUGGCAGUGCCGUGGUUGGAUAGUGCAGAUAAAGGGGGCCGUAUUAAUGUAAUUCACAAAACAUUUUUCACAUGCUUGCAGAAGUUACUGAGUUGAUCUUUAUCACAUUUUCUAGGUUGAUAGAAGCAAUGGGGACCGUAUUAUAGCACUUAAACAUGAAAAAAGUCUAAUUUUCACGCUAUGACCCCUUUAAUAAUUAUUGCUUAAAAUCAAAUAAUAAACUUAAGGCGAUACUAUUGGGAUUAAUCUGCUUUAUUUGUAUAUAUUCUUUCUAUAUUAUUGCAAGAAAUGUUUUUUCAGAAACAAAGUAGGCUUCAGUACAGAAUAUAUACAGUACGGACUAAUUAAACCACGUCUCCAUGUCCUCCCAUGUUUGCUCAAUAGUUGUUUUAAUUUUUAAAAAAGCAAAUAAUUUUACUAAACCCUCUAGUGUGCAAUAAGUGAGGUAAUAACACCUUUAUAUUCAUUUAGCAUAACAAAACUGGAUAAAUGUUGUGGGUUAUGCGUUUAUAAUGGUGCACAUGCCUGCAAAAGAAGAAACUGCUGCUAAGUGUCUAGGUCUCGGAGGAUAUAGCGCCACAUUCACGCGAUGAACUAAAUGCGUCGCCAUGGAAACUUAAUUGAAGAUUAACAAUUAACAUUGCAUUCAUAACAUCAGUGUAACAAUGCUGGCUACUGUAUGUCAUAUGCAUUGCUAUAGUUUAAAUAUUAAACACUGAACAGUGACAUUAUACACUUUUGCAGAGGCUGGCAGGUGGUUUAACAACGGUGCGCUGUCUGGGCAUGUACCACGCAUAUGCGCAUGCGUUUGUUUACUCUGACACAUAAAACGAUGAUUAGUAUCCCAGUUUACAUCUUUGUAACAACAAUUUAAAUAUUAGUGUUUUUGUAAUUUUUAUACAAAUGAGUUUUAUCAUUUGUCUGACAACUAAAUAAGUUUUGUUUUGUUUUUUGUUAUUAAAGAAGGAUAAUGUAAAAUACAAUGAUACAGAGGACAAUGAAUUUUAACAUCCUUCAGUAUAUUUAUACAAGAACACCCAUAAAAUAUACCCUCCACAGGCAGCAUGGAUACAAAGAAAAACAUAAUUUCUGGUUACAGAAGCUUAACAAAUACAAGAAAAUUAGGACCUGUGCAUGGCUAAGCUUGGUUUUGUAACCUGUAGCUCUGAAUCCUUGAUGUUCAUUUCCACUAAAGUCUUAUCAAUG